AUGGCUCCCUCUUUGAAUGACGUCCCUGUCAACCAGCCUGUCUCGGGUUCGGCCUGCCGAGUCGGCAUCAAUGGCUUCGGUCGUAUUGGCCGCAAUGUUCUCCGUGCUGCUCUAGUCCGCUCCGACAUCCAAGUCAAUGCCAUUAAUCACACCUGCGUGACCGUCCAAGACCUCGUCCACCUCAUUCGCUAUGAUUCCUCCAUGGGAAACCUUGACGAGCGCACCGACAUCCAAAUCGUCUCUGACAGCCUCAUCACCAUCGACGGCAGACGAAUUGCACUUACAUCCGAGCGGGACCUGAAGAAGCUCAACUGGGCUGCCCUUGGCGUCGACUAUGUGCUUGAGUGCACUGGCAAAUUCACAAAGCGAGAUCUCGCCAUUGAGCAUGUCACUUACGGCCAAGCCAAGCGGGUGCUGAUCUCCGCGCCUAGCUCGGACUCUCCUACCUUUGUCUAUGGUGUGAACUCGGACUUGUAUACUCCCAGUGAGGAGUGCCGCGUGGUAUCUAAUGCUAGCUGCACCACCAACUGCGUCACUCCAGUCCUGAAGGUGCUGAAUGACACAUUCGGCGUCACACAGGGUUUCUUGACCACUGUCCAUGCUGCAACUCGCUCCCAGCAGGUGUUGGACGGGUAUAGCAAGAAGAGCCAGCGUCUGGGUCGCAGUGUCUUCGGCAACAUCAUCCCCACCACCACUGGUGCCGCCAAAGCCGUCGCUUCCGUGCUUCCUGAGUUGAAGGGCAAGGUGACCGGCGUUUCCAUCCGUGUCCCCACACCCAAUGUCUCGAUGAUCGACCUCACCAUCAGCACUGAGAAGCCCACCAGCCUCGCCGAGAUCCUCUCUGCAUUCCGCGUCUCCGCGAAGUCCGACAUGGCCGGCGUCCUCAGAGUGACCGACGAGGAGCUCGUCAGCUCCGACUAUAACGGCAGUCCUUACAGCGCGAUCAUUGAUGCACCUGCGUGUGCGGAGUUGAACCCUCAGUUCUUCAAGAUCAUGGCAUGGUACGAUAACGAAUGGGGAUACUCGAACCGUCUGCUUGACUUGACGACUUUGGUGCAUGGCCAAGAGGCUGCGUGA